AGACUCCGGAGUCAUUGUUCGUCCUGGAAGUAUAGUAACUGUACCUAUCUCUUAAAAGGUUAAAUGUUAACUAAGAUUAAAAAUAAUCUUGAAAAUAAAUGAGACAUGAGAAAAAAAAUACAAAUAACCAGAAAACUGUGUACUUAAAUGGUUUUUGAAGUGAAGCAAUAACAAUCACAGUGAAAAAUUGUGUUUUUCUUUUGUUGUUGUUGAAAUUGUUGCAGGUUUUUGAAGUGACAUUAAGAAUUUUUGAAGGACUACUCAUUCUUGAAUGAGCGAUGAACUUUUAAAAGAAAAUAAUACACCAAAUAGAAAGAAGGAUAGUGUUUUUCUCGGAUUACAAAUUAAACACUUUUAAAAAACUACAAGAGGAUACAAUCUAGAAAAGUGACUGUUGACAGGACACCCCAACAUCAUUGUAAAGAUAUGGCGAGGAAAUUGAUUUUUCUCUUCCUCAUUCACGUAUGGCUUGAAGGUUCAUUAGCACAGCAUUCACCAUUUUCUCUUCAAGCAGCAGUAGAUGCACUUCACAGGCGAGAGGCACAAUUGGCACUUAAGGACAAUUACAAUGUUCCAAUGCGUUAUGGCAUCCCACAAGGAGCAGCAGCAGGAGUAGCUCAGGAGCAGGAUUACUGGGACGAUGAUACUGAAGUUGGACCAGCAUCUUUUACACCAACACAACACAACAAUAAUCGUCACAGAUUAAAUAGGAUCCUUGCAAAAUAUCUGGCCCGAGAGGAGGACAAUGCUCGUAACACCGGGGGUCUUGGGACAUCUGGGGGAUAUGAAUUUGAUGAGGACAACUAUCUACCGGAAGAAAAGAAACGGUCAUCAUUCUUUAGAGAACGAGACGGUAAGGAUGACCCCUCAGCUGUUCUUAUGCGUGAACAAAACAAUCAACCCUACGAUCAUUCCGAACUUACCGAUCAAUUUCUCAAAGAAAUCGAAGAAGCUCGUGAACUUGACCGUGAAGAACGCUACAAAGAAGCCCUCCGACGUAUUUGGGAAAGAUACCAACAGCAAGAGAACGAGCUCGAAGGUGAUAUUUUUGAAGACCAAAAACGCAUGACCCCCCAACCAAACUACUAUAUUGGACCGCUUAUGCAAAAGAAACGCACCUACCCAGUGUUGCCAUGGUUACCAAUGUCUCGACGAAAACGUUUCCCUGUGGCCAAACGAUCCCCAAAAAUGCCCUUCGAUGAGACAUCCAAGGUCAGUGUUGAACGAGUUCCCGAAGAGUUGCGAGAACUUUUUGGAAAAUCAACCGAAGAAAAAAAGAAGCGAUCAACUGAUGAUCAGUCAGCGGCAACCACAACAGAGAAAAAGAACGAAACGAGUACUUCGGCCACAAUUGAGCCCCAAACCGAACAUCCACCUCACGGGGGACAUCACCACAAGGAGCACAAACAUCGCAAACGCAGUGACCAUGUCCACGAGAGCCAAGAAGAAGACGAGGAAGACUCUGAGGAGCAUGAACCAGAACACGAAGAACACGAAGAGCAUGAGGAGGAAGACGAAGAGGAACACGAUGACUUUGAAGAUGAGGAUGAGGCACAGAAGAAGAAGCGAGAAGUAAGCGGCAAACGGAUGCAGAAGCGCUCGAAUUUGGAAGUAGUGAAGGAGGAUCAAAUUUUGCCAGGAGAUUUGUCCAAUUUCAGGGGAAAGAAAUCAAUUCAAUGGUCUAAGUACUUUGGUAUUGAUCGAAGGAAAAAAUCGGGAUACGAAAGUGGAGAUUCUAAGAAACAAGAAUCAAUUGAUGAUGACGAAAUCGAUGAAGAAAAGCGAAGGAAGAAGAACGUCGAUCCGGAAAGACUGAAUAAUAUGGGCAAGAAAUUACAAUCUAUCGAAGACCUUAUUAUUGACGAAACCGUAAAGUACACUGGUGCCCAUGAAGGUAUUGCUGAUCCUGAAGAAAUAGCUCGCUUGAAAGACCAUGUUGUUUCACGACUUGCUACAGCUUAUAGCUUAGAGAAAAUGAGACGUGCUUUGGAAAAAUUACGACAGUCGGUUGACAAUGAAAAUCAUUUGCUGCGAAAUGUUGUCGAAAGUGAACCAAAAUCUGAUGAUGACAGUGAUAUUGAAAAUCAAAAACGAUUGUCUGUGAAGAAGGAGAAAGUCGAAUUCCAGGGAUUACACCACUCAAUUAACACUCCAAACAACGAAAAAUCAAAAGAUUUACAAGGCAACUCUAUGACAUCCGAUAUAGAUGAAGACACCGCCGAUAAGAAAAAGAAGAAGGAAAAGAAAAGCAAUGGCUAUCAGCGUUAUCCAGAAAUUCCAAAUGAAAUGAAUGAUUUCGAAGAAGAACUCGGUGCUGGUCAUUAUGAACCACUUAAUGAUGCUUAUUUAGGAAAUAAGAACUACGUUCCCGGAUCAUCUAAUCAGUGUCCUCUAAUCGAUUCUAUGGCUCAAAGAUGUCGAGGUGUAGAUUUAUUAAGUGGCGAUAUUAAUCAAGAACUUUUGCCAAUUUGUGGAGUUCAUCAAAUAUGUUAUUUAUGUGGAACAUCUCAAGUAGCAUGUGACUUCCAAUACCUGGCCGAAGCAGAUUCAAUCUGUGGACAUAACAACGAGUGUCAGUCUGCUGCACGAUCAGUCCUUAUGAUACUCCGAGGCUCGCCAGGACCACAGCUCGGUCCAAAAGAAUGCAUCAAAAAUCCAUGUCUGAAUCGUGCAAUGAGAGAAAUUGGACUCUAAAGUGUGUCCAGAUAAAACCAUUUCAUUUGAUAAAACAACACUUUUUUCUUACACACACACAAAGUGUAUCUACUCCCAAUUCUAUACGAUAUAAGAUAUUUUUUUAGAGACAUUUUACAACAACAAAAAACAAGAAAACAAAGAAAAGGAAAAUAUAUAAGAAAAAUUGUAUAUCUUUAAGUUAAAUAAUUGUAUUAUUAUAUUUAAUUAAAAAAAAAAACAAAACAAAAUCUGUAUAUGAAUGUAUCAACUUACAAUCUAAACGAUAUAAAACAACAACAACAACACUUUAAAUAAAUAUACUUGGCAGCUAUUCGAAUUUGUAAAAAAUAUUAAACAUAUUAGCUACUUCCAAAAAAGCUUAUUUGUACAGCUGAAUAGGAUCAAAAACCAAAAAGCCAAAAUAUAUAUCUUCGGCUCGAAAACAAAACAAAAACUAAAAAAGAGAAUAUUAAAUUUUCCAAAGAUGAAAUAAAAUGCAUAUUUAAAGGCAUUCAAUUAUAAAUUUAACAUUAAAUACAAAAAUAUACCUAAUCUAUUCAGUGUUGUAUAAAUAUAAAAUAUCAAGACACUCAUUUUUUCCUAAAAGAAUGGUUAACCGAUGAAUGUUUUUUUAAUUAAAAACUCUGUCAUAAUGUUGAUAAUGUGGUAUUUAUUAUUAUAAAUCAAUUUUGGUGGAUAUGUGAAUCCAUAAAUCCAUGAAAAAAGAAAAAUUUUAAAUUUAUAGAUAGUCGGUGUUUUUUUUUGUAAUUAACAAAAUUGUCAAACAUUAUAUAACUUUUGAUUUGUACUAUUUAAAGUAUUUUUUUAAACUUUUUGUUGGAUAAAUGAAUAAAAUGUUAAUCUGACAAUAAAAACAAAAAAUAAAUAAAAGAAAACUGCAGAAAAAUUGAAUUUCGACUUUUUUAUUUCAAUAACUUAAUUAUUCCCAAAUUUUGUUCUCAUUCUUCAUACAUCAUCUCGCUAAAAGUUAAUUCAUUUAAAAUUUUAUUUAGAAAACAAAAUAAAAUUUACCAACUAUUUAUAAACAAACAAACUUAACACAUAAUGAUUCAACAAUUUUUAUGAACAGAAUGUGUUGUGUAAAAACUAUACUUUAAUAAAAAUAUAAAUAUAUAUUAUAUUAUAUGUACCUAUGUAUAACUUUAUUUUAUUUACAGUUGACUUAAAAAAUAUUUAAAUUAGACAACUUAAAUAUAUUUAAACAUAAAAAAAACAACAACAAAGAAAACAAAAAUAAGAAUAUAACAUUUAUUGGUGUAAUUUAAUAAUUGAAAACAGACCAUAAGAUGGAACAAAUAAAAUUUGAAAAAUUAUUUAAAUAAAUGUAUGAAAAGUAAAAACAAAUAAAAAGAUGUGUUAUUUAAACAAAUAAAUAUAUAAAAAUUGAAAAAUA